GUACUUGCGUUAGCUUGAUAUGCUAGCUACUGUCAGCUAGCGGGGUUACGAUGAGUACGAGCCGCUCGCCCACAAAGCCAGGAAGCCGACCGAGACGAAGCGCUGAGGGAGCGGUGAGAGCCAGCCAGCUAGCACGGAGACAUGAUGGACUCGGCGUGGAGCACCUCACUCUGCGAUCCUUCAGUGAGGGAUAAAUAUAUCCCCCUUCUCCUCCUCCUCCUCCUCUUCGCUCUCUUCCUUACGUUGAGUCCGCAACAUCUCGGCUGGCUGAGGCUGACUGAUCGCAGCGGCAGCCGCAAACCCGCACAGGACGGAUGGAUUAACCUCCUUGCUGUGGCUGCCACUCUUUGGACUUCUUUUCCCUUUUGUUUGCUGCAAACUCUGCUGCUCCAACAAGGGUUCCAGCUUCCAGAUUCACCAUGGGGAUCAAGGCUGCCCUCCCCAGAUAUGAGCUCUAUCUCUACUCCGCUGUGCUUGGGGUGGCACUGAUAUGGGCUGGCAGUUGGAUAUCUGAAGCCUCAAGUGAAAAUGUGAACAGAAAGACCUUCAAAGAAAGCGUGAAACCAGGAUGGCAUUACUUUGGCAGGAAAAUGGAUGUAGCAGAUUUCGAAUGGAUGAUGUGGUUCUCUACGUUCCGCAAUCACAUCCUCUUUGCUCUCAUCGGUCAUGUGAUCUUUGCCAAGAUCUUUACCAUCAUCGCUCCAAAGCACAGAUCGCUGAUCUUUGCCAUGUACGGCGGCUUGGCGGUCCUGGUAACGAUGGGCUGGACCUUCAUGGCUCUGGUUCUGUCUCACUGCAUUAUACUCUAUAGCGUCGCUCUGGUCAAGAAGAAAUGGAUGUGCUUUGCUGCAGGUUUGAGCACUCUGGCCUCCAUUAAGCUGGAGCCCUAUAACAGCUGGCAGGAGGCGUUGGUGACUGGCUCUUUUGACCUGCAAGACAUCCUGUUUUAUGGAGGCUGUGGCUUCAGCAUCAUGCGCUGUAUGAGCUUUGCUUUAGAGAACUGUGAGAAGAAAGAUGGCAACUACUCCUUCUGUGAUCUGCUAAAGUACAACUUCUACCUCCCGUUCUUCUUUUUUGGUCCAAUCAUGACUUUUGACCGUUACCACGUCCAGGCGAACAACACUCAGCUCACUCGUAAGGAGAGGGAGAUGUGGAACAUCACCACCAAGGCUUUGCUGCACCUGGGAGUCAUUCUGGUGGUGGAUGUCUUCUUCCACUAUCUCUACAUCCUGACGAUUCCCAGUGACAUGAAGCUGGUCACCAAGCUUUCUGACUGGUGUCUGGCUGGAUUGGCCUAUUCCAACCUGGUGUAUGACUGGGUGAAAGCAGCUGUGAUGUUUGGCGUUAUUAACACUGUGGCCACACUAGACCACCUGGACCCUCCUCAGCCUCCCAAAUGUAUAACCAUGCUCUACGUCUUCGCUGAGACGCACUUUGACAGAGGCAUCAACGACUGGCUCUGCAAGUACGUCUACGACUACAUCGGAUGCGAUCAUGACAAUAUCUUCAAAGAACUUCUGGCAACAAUCUGCACCUUUGCGAUCACCACCCUGUGGCUCGGGCCGUGUGAGCUGGUGUACAUUUGGUCAUUCUUCAACUGCUUCGGCCUUAACUUUGAGCUGUGGGUGGCCAAGUUCUUCUCCCUUCCACCGUUCUCUAUAAUAGAGGGAGGUAUGGGUGAAGCUAUGUCUCGCAGGAUUAGAGGUGUUUUCAACGCCGCCAACUUCUGGGCCAUUGUUCUCUACAACGUUCUGUCUCUGAACAGUUUGGAGUUCGCUAAAACUGUGGGUAGAAGACUGAUUUUCAAAGGGUUUCCACUGUCAACGCUGUCUGUGCUGUUCGUCACCUACUGUGGUGUGCAGCUUGUGAAGGAGAGAGAGCGACAGCAAGCCCUGCAAGAGGAAGCAGAAGCAGCGACGCCUGCCGAUGGUGCCAAAGAGAAGGCAGAAUAGUGAGACAGGAAGUGAAAAAAAGGGUUUUUCAGGCUUGUCGAUGAACAGCAUGGUUCCAUCCUGGGCUCUGAAAACAGUGAUAGAACCAGACUGGAUGCCGGCCAGCGUUUCUGCUGUCCCUUAAUCGGCAUUUGUGCUUUUGCUACCAGAAGAGAGAUGAUAUUUUAAUGAUCCCGAAGUGCACUUGCUGUUGAUAAUCAACACAUCCCGUGGCACAAACGGUGCAUUUUCUAUUUCUAUUUAUCAAAAACAUAUAUUUAUAUAUAUUUUUCUCUGGUUACAACCCAGCAAAAAUUUAUUCUAGAAUGCAAAACUUUCCUUUUGAAUGAUUGUCAACACGUUUAUUUUUAUUUUUCAAAAAGUUAAGCAUUUAUUGUUUUAAGUUUGACUUUAUUGUCACAAUUUUCAAACACACAGAAAUGAAUAAAGCUUGAAAACGACUUAAACAGAAUGUAAUAAAACAAAAAAACUAAAGGUGCUCAACAAGGCAGUUGCCACUGUCCAAAGUGUAAGUCUAUUUGUGUUUUUUCAAGUUGUUUUUGAGCGUUAUGUCACUGUCCAGGAAGUCAUUGUUUUAUUCCAUAGGAAAGCAGUUUUAGCAUACAUACCUGUAUGUGUCUUGCUAUGAAAAGCAGAACUCCUAGGAGAGAAUAUGGGUCAGCCUCGACCCGCUUGUCAUUCAAAGCUAGUGCGAGUCUUCAGUGUAGCAUGCGACAACAUGAAGAUUUUUUUGUGUUUUACUCUACUUUUUUUCCAUGAAGUUAUUUUAAUUUAAGACCUUUCGUUCAAAAUAAAUAUUUUUUUUCUUCCCGCAAAGUA